GAAGGCUUACGCCCCCGCCCCACGGCCGGCCCCCCGAUAUAGAUCUUGCCAACUCCCAACCUUCUUUAUCAACCUCCUACACAAAGCAUAACUAAAAUUCAAAAUCAAUGACAAAUUGCAAAGUUCAGUGACUGUUCUAAAAUUUAACUCGAACAAUCAGGAACUUAACUGCUAAGAGUGAGGACUAUGUACAAAUUGACAACAAUUUUAUCUGCGGAGAGGGGAAAAGGACCAAUUUUAUCUUGUGUUCAGUGAUUUCUACGAGGACGAGUCAUCUUCUUCUUUAACAAACUUGGAAGUGAUUCCGAAUUGCAUUAAAUUGGAGCAAUGGAAGAGGAUGAGAAAGAGAGAUUGAGGAUUUCUGAAGAAAGAAAUGAUUGUGAUAGUGAUUCUGAGGGUUAUGUGGAGGACCUAGUUGAUGAUGAACUUUGCUAUUCCUCUGGUGACAUCCCCAAGUUGCAAUUCAGGAAAGAUGUGUCGAAGGCAUGGUGGAUUGAGGAGUUGGGAAUGGCUGAGGUGGUGGAGCGAAAGGGUAAAAUGUGGACCACAACUGGGAUGGUUCGUGAUGGCAAAAUAUAUUGCUCUAUUGAAGAGGCUUUGUUUUUGGCUGAAAUUGGAGCUUUGCAUAUCUUGAAUGGCGAUGAUACACACCUUUCCUUAAAAGAUUUAUAUGAAAAGGUUGCAAAAGGUACAGAUGGAUAUGGAUGCUCCUGGGAGUCUUUUGAAGUUUAUCGCCACUUAAAAUCUCUUGGUUACGUUGUUGGCCGGCAUGGUAUCCCUUGGACUUCUAAGAGUACUAAAAUUAAUUCCAUUGCUGAAAAUGGUGCAUCUGAACCUGAUGGGACAAGUUGUACUGGGUCAAGACAUGACAUUAUCAUUACUGAAACGCUCAAUAACUUGCAGUUUAGUGAAGUGAGACCAAUUUUCGAUGUGUACCAGCCUAAUAGCAAGUUUAAGAAGUCUUCGCCUGGCAGUGCGUGUUUUCUCCUAUGCAUUACUGGUGACCACCCACCAUCCAAACAAGCGACUGAGGACCUUGAGACACGUUACAAAGGCCAUUGUAUAAAGUUUUGUAAUGUCGAGCAUGGGCGUAUCAGUUUCUUUUCAUUCACCAAAGUGGAACUUCCUGUCCUCCCAUGACCUUCCUUCUCGGGACCGGCCACAUGCUGGUGUUGGAUAAAACAAUUAUCUUCCAAGUCAAUAUUUUUUGAGAUUUUGGUAUCACACACAAGACGACUGAUUCUUCCAUGAAAAUCAUGGGUAUUCUCAGCAUGUUUGGUUGGUUGACUAGACCAUAUUGAAAAUCAUAAGAAAGAUAGAAACAUUAUUAUCUUAUGUAGUGCAACCUACUACCAUGUAAUCUAUGUAUCUUUCGUCUGUAUGUGUGUGUGUUUUAUUUUA